AUGUCUGUCAAACAGUUUUACCUUCUUGGUGAAGAUGUCUCAACAGCUCGCGACAUUGAGCUGCCAGAGUCCUCUGACCUCGAAGACCUUCAACACCACAUCGCCGCCCACUAUAGCAUAGUCGAUCCAAAAGGUGUUGGUUUCUUGUAUGACCAGCGCAGACUAACAGCUGUCGCGGACAUCAUUGCCAACGAUGGCCCUGUAGCUGUGACUAUUGGUGGCAAAGCUGUGCGUCAAGUCCCCUCACCCGCCGGUAUUCCCUAUUUUGGAAACUAUCUGGAAAUCUACCCCGACCAUUUGGGCAACCACCAGAGGCUCUUUGAGAAGCUAGGUCCUUUAUUCUCCACGAAUAGCAUGGGAAGCCGUGUGUACCAAACAAACGACCCCAAGCUCGCCACAAUCUUCUUUGGCGAGAACGACUUCUUCACCAAGCACAUUAUUCCCGGCCAUCCUCUCCAUUCCGUCAAGUCUCCCGAAGCUGGUGUGUUCCUGGGCGAUACUGACACAGAGGAGUGGCGACUGGCGCACAAGUUUCUGCCCCCUGCACUAGGACCAAAAGCUGUCCGCCACUAUGCGCCGACGAUGCAAAAAAGCGUCGAGGAUGCAUUCAAAGUGUUUGACGAGCUGGAAGAGCAGGGCGAAGCUUGGAACGUCUACCAGUACAUGUUGAAGCUUGGGUCCCAGGCUGUUGGCCAACUGGUGCUCGGCAUCGACUUCAAGCACUUUACCAGCGUGGAUGCGCCACUCCACGAAAUGGUCAUGCAGAUUGCACAUGAGCUGGAGCUAACUAAGAGGGUGUCCACAAUGGGUUCCUGGUAUGCCAGCAUGCCGUUUGGUGACCCAAAGACACUGCGUCAGACAAAGGCGCGUGUCGAGGAGAUGAUGCUGGAGUCUAUUGCGCAGGCUUCCAAGGGCCAAGAGGAUCUACAACUCCAAGAUGCAGCUUUAAAAGCCGAAAACGUUAUUGAUUACUUCCUCCGCGCCAAAGACAACAAAGGCAACAAAUUUCCGCCCUCACAGUUUGCGCCGGCUCUGUUCGUAGCUACCGCUGCUGGUUUCACCACCACAUCUUCCCUGCUUUCGUGGCUCAUCUAUAGCCUAGUCCAGUACUCCGGCACACAGGAGCGGCUUUUGCAGGAACUGAUUGACAAUGACUGGGACGAGGACACGCAAGUUACCUCUGAUCUCACAACCAAGCUCACCUACCUUGACAAGUUCAUCAAGGAGACGCAGCGCCGCCACAACCCCUCAUACCAGCCCGCCCGCACUUCCAAAAAGGACAUGAUUUUGCCCGGCGGGUACAAAUUGCCCAAGGACUCGGUCGUCAUUCCCGCUUUGCAUCACAUCCAUAACAAUGGCAAGAUUUGGGAAAAUCCCAACCAGUUCGACGUUGACCGAUGGGACACGGACAAGGUCAAGAACAGGCCACAAGGCGCCUACACGCCCUUUGCGCAGGGCCCACGCAUGUGCGCUGGCUUCAACUUUGCCCUGCAGGAAAUCAAGGUCUUUUUGCCCAAGCUGGUCUAUCGUUACAAGUUUACCCUGGCGCAAGAUGGGCCAAUCGAGUACGACCCGUAUUUCCAGCUGAUUCGCCCGAAUAAUCUCUAUGUGCGAGCAGAGAAGAGAGUCAAGUGGCCGCCCAAGUCAGAGUAG